CAAAGCCCGGGCGCUGCUGCAUGCUCCACGUAAGGAGGACUCCUCAGGGAGCUUGGGAGGGGCUGGCUCCUGGGUCUGGGCAGACAAGCAGCUUCCACAGCCAGGCGGCCCAGCGUCCACCCCUCACCUGCUGGUGGCCUGGGUUGUGCGGGGCCACAGGGAGGCGAUCAGGCGUCUGGCCGGCGGGCAGCACAGCUUCUCCAGCGGGCGAGUGCUGCCCUGGGCCAGGGUCUCGAGGUUGCCUCAGCUGCCAGCAUGAGCUCCUCCGGGCCAUGGCCAGCCUCCCCUGCUGGUGUUGGGCAGGGCGGCCAGCUCUCUGACUGAGACGCCACCAGCUGCCUGCCCUGGGGACAGGAGCACCAGGAGGUCUCUACUGGCUGCAGGUGCGGAUGAGCCCCGAAGGCUUGUCUCCCGAGGGCUUCGGACGACUGACAGAUGCUGACUGCGGCCAGGGGACAGACACCCUGCCUCUGAAGCCGUCUGAUUGGUGAGGGUCCUGGUCGUACAUGGAGGAUGACAGAAAAGGCCAAUGGCGUGAAGAGCUCCCCAGCCAACCACAACCAUCACGCACCUCCCACCAUCAAGGCCAACGGCAAAGAUGACCACAGGACUAGCAGCAGGCCACAGUCUGCAGCCGACGAUGACACGUCUUCAGAACUACAGAGGCUGGCAGAGCUGGAUGCUCCCCAGCGGGGGCGGGGUGGCUUCCGCAGGAUCGUCCGCCUGGUGGGCGUCAUCAGGGACUGGGCCAACAAGAAUUUCCGCGAAGAGGAGCCUCGACCCGACUCGUUCCUUGAGCGUUUCCGUGGGCCUGAGCUCCAGACCGUGACGACGCAGCAAGGAGAUGGCAAGGGCGACAAGGACGGCGAGGGCAAGGCCACCAAGAAGAAAUUUGAACUCUUCGUCCUGGACCCAGCUGGGGACUGGUACUAUCGCUGGCUGUUUGUCAUUGCCCUGCCUGUCCUCUACAACUGGUGCCUACUGGUGGCCAGAGCCUGCUUCAGUGACCUACAGAAGGGUUACUACAUAGCGUGGCUGGUGCUGGACUACUUCUCGGAUGUGGUCUACAUCAUAGACCUCCUCAUCCGAUUGCGCACAGGUUUUUUGGAGCAGGGGCUGCUGGUCAGAGAUCCCAAGAAGUUACGGGACAACUACAUCCAUACCCUUCAGUUCAAGCUGGAUGUGGCUUCCAUCAUCCCCACAGACCUGAUCUAUUUUGCUGUGGGCAUCCACCGUCCUGAGGUGCGCUUCAACCGCCUGCUACACUUUGCCCGCAUGUUUGAGUUCUUUGACCGCACUGAGACACGCACCAGCUAUCCCAACAUCUUCCGCAUCAGCAACCUGGUCCUCUACAUCUUGGUCAUCAUCCACUGGAAUGCCUGCAUCUACUAUGCCAUCUCCAAGUCCAUUGGCUUUGGGGUUGAUACCUGGGUUUACCCCAACAUCACGGACCCUGAGUAUGGCUACCUGGCUAGGGAAUACAUCUAUUGCCUUUACUGGUCUACACUGACCCUCACCACCAUUGGGGAGACACCGCCCCCUGUCAAGGAUGAGGAGUACCUAUUUGUCAUCUUUGAUUUCCUAAUUGGUGUCCUCAUCUUUGCCACCAUCGUGGGAAACGUGGGCUCCAUGAUCUCCAACAUGAAUGCCACCCGGGCUGAGUUCCAGGCCAAGAUUGAUGCCGUCAAACAUUACAUGCAGUUCCGAAAGGUCAGCAAGGAGAUGGAAGCCAAGGUCAUUAGGUGGUUUGACUACCUGUGGACCAAUAAGAAGAGUGUGGAUGAGCGGGAAGUUCUCAAGAACCUGCCAGCCAAGCUGAGAGCAGAGAUAGCCAUCAAUGUCCACCUGUCCACACUCAAGAAAGUGCGCAUCUUCCAGGACUGUGAGGCUGGUCUGCUGGUGGAGCUGGUAUUAAAGCUCCGUCCUCAGGUCUUCAGCCCUGGAGAUUACAUCUGCCGCAAGGGGGAUAUUGGGAAGGAGAUGUACAUAAUCAAGGAGGGGAAACUGGCAGUGGUUGCUGAUGAUGGUGUCACUCAGUAUGCCCUGCUCUCAGCUGGCAGUUGCUUUGGAGAGAUCAGCAUCCUUAACAUCAAGGGCAGCAAAAUGGGCAAUCGACGUACAGCCAAUAUCCGCAGCCUUGGUUACUCAGAUCUCUUCUGCUUGUCCAAGGAUGACCUUAUGGAAGCUGUCACCGAGUACCCGGAUGCCAAGAAGGUCCUGGAGGAGAGGGGCCGGGAGAUCCUGAUGAAGGAGGGGCUGCUGGAUGAGAACGAGGUGGCAGCCAGCAUGGAGGUGAAUGUGCAGGAGAAGCUAGAACAGCUGGAGACCAACAUGGAGACCUUGUACACGCGCUUUGCCCGCCUGCUGGCCGAGUACACGGGGGCCCAGCAGAAGCUCAAGCAGCGCAUCACAGUUUUGGAAACCAAGAUGAAACAGAAUAAUGAGGACGACUACCUGUCAGAUGGGAUGAACAGCCCCGAGCCAGCUGCUGCUGAGAACCCAUAACGGCUUGGGCCCCACUGCUUCUCCAGCCUUGGCCUUGACCCCAGGAGCUAGAAGAGCUGUGUAGGUCCCCACAUAUAUAUGCAUUCCCUCACACCCUCUUGAAUUCUUCCAGAAGCCUUUUUGUCCACAGGUUAUGGCUCAAUCACCCAGAAGCCCUUCUCCAAGUCUAGCUGACAGGCAAUUUUGUGCACAGUGCAGGCCGUGUUUGGCUUGGCUUCCAGAAGCUUCAGCCAGUCCAAGUCUGAGGAAAGAAGAGGGGAGAAGCUGAACUAUUUUAAGGGAUUUGUCCUGAAGAAGCCCAUCUGUAGGAGGGUGGGCACCCUGAGGCUCCCAUCACUCCAGGCUCCUUUGCACCUAGCCACUUGUCGCUUGGUUCUGGCCCUCGCUCUUCUGUUAUGUGUCUGAACACCUCCAUGUCCCCGCUCGUGUAUGUAGUUCAAGCACCGGCUCAGACGUUUAGCACAGGCCCCCAGUGCCUGUCUCCGCAGGCAGGCAGAGGGUGUGGAGGGGGGCAGGUCGGGAGGCACUUACUCAGUGCCACUUCUCCCUGUCAGGCACCCUGAGUCCUGCUCUGUUGAUCUGUCUGUCUGUCUGCCAACCAGGAGUGGGACCCCUUCAGUCUUCAGGGGACCAGGGAGUGAGGAUCCAGGAGUCAGCUAGCAGGCAAGGUCACCUGGGAGCUCUGACCACCACCCCUCUCUGCAGAGCAUCUCUGAAGAGGCCCCGAGGGGCCGGUGGUGGGUGGGCAACUCUUCAAACUCUCAUCUGCAGUAGAGGCACUUACAAGUUAAUAAAUUCCUUUGAACUGGCUGUGGUUAUUGCUCCAGUCUGCUAUUAACCUUCCCUCCCUUCCUCCGUCAACCGCUCUCUUCGCCCCAUGUUUCUCUUUUCCCCUUCUCCGGGCCUCACUCUGCCUGCAGUACCCUCUGUUGUCUUUGCUCGAUUUUGCAGUGGGCCUUCAGGACUCAGCUCAGGCACCCCCUUGUCAGAGCAGGCUCCCUCGACUGAACC